AGGAAGCGCAAGAAACUGCAUCGAACCUGAAACAUAUUUGACUUUCUUAAAUCAUAUCGGCAUCAACGAAGAGUUUAAUGUGACUGCACUUAAAAUAUACGAUUUCCAACGUCCCGAGCAAAAAAGUGAGGAAAGUGACUGCCACAUCCGCAGCUCAGGAUGCAGGUCAGCGGUCAUCUCUGCGCUCUCAUCGCCUGUUUUGGAUUAACCCUGUCAGCGCUGGCCGGAAACCAAACGCGACUGGAUUCUGGAAACACUGCGCCGCCGCUCCUCUUGGUGUCGUUUGAUGGUUUCCGCGCAGACUACCUAAAGAAAUACUCCUUUCCCAAUCUGGAGAAGUUCUUCUCUGAAGGCGUCCUUGUGCACGAGCUGACCAAUGUGUUCAUAACGAAAACCUUCCCCAAUCAUUACAGUCUGGUCACGGGCCUGUACGCCGAGAGCCACGGCAUGCUUGCCAGUGUUAUGUACGACUCAGUGUCCAAAAAGACAUUCUCCAUUCAGAACGACAGUGACCCUUUCUGGUGGAACGAAGCCACUCCGAUCUGGGUGUCCGUGGAGGAGUCUGGGUCCAAGGCAGCCGCUGCAAUGUGGCCAGGAACCGACGUCAAUAUCCAAAACCACACGUUAACUUACCAGUUCGAAUACGACCCCAAGGUGACUUUCCAAGAAAGGCUGGGAAACCUCACGCAGUGGAUGACCGCAGACAAAUCAGUGAAGUUUUCCGCUCUGUAUUGGGAAGAGCCCGACCGGAGCGGACACAUGUACGGCCCGGAUAACACCACAGAGAUGAGCAGGGUUUUAAAGGAAGUGGAUGGUCACAUUGGCUUCCUGAUGGAGCAGCUCAACAGAACGGGAUUAUGGGGGAAGAUAAACGUCAUCAUCACUAGUGAUCACGGCAUGGCGCAGUGUUCUCAAGAGCGUCUUAUUAAACUGGAUGACUGCAUCCAUCCGAGCAGCUACAAGGUGGUGGAUCUCACUCCUGUGGCCGCCAUAAUCCCACUGGAAGAUAAUUCGACUGUGUACAAAAACCUGUCCAGCUGUCACCAUCACAUGAAAGCGUACCUGAAGGACGAUGUUCCCGAUCGGUUGCACUACAAAAACAAUGAAAGGAUCCAGCCGAUCCUUCUGGUGGCGGAUGAAGGCUGGACGAUUGUCAAAAAUGGCAAACUCCCGCGCCUGGGCGAUCAUGGCUAUGACAAUACGCUUCCCAGCAUGCACCCCUUCCUGGCCGCCCACGGGCCUGCGUUCCGCAAAGGCUACAAGAUGUCGAGCAUUAACAGCGUGGAUCUCUACCCGCUCAUGUGCCACCUCGUGGGCGUCCCUCCGAAGCCCAACAACGGCAGCUUCGCUCAUGUGCGCUGUGCGCUAGCUAACGAGCAGUGCGGAGAGCUAGCGCUAGCGGUGGGCCUCGUCAUCGGGGUUCUGAUCAUCCUGACCAUCUUCACCUGUCUCUUCAAGCUGAUGAAGAACAGAGAUGUCUCGUCUCCUCGUCCGUUCGCCCGCUUGGAGUUAGAGGACGACGGUGAUGACGAGCCGCUGCUGGAAUGAAGCCUGUUAUAAGUUGUUAGCAGGUACAGCGACUUGAUUCAAACACAUACGUUAAAGGAAUCGUUUACUGACCUACAGUUUAAGGUGAACUGUUCCUUUAAAUGAAAAUGAAAUGCUGCAGAGAUCAUACUGAAACUGAAAGAGAGAAAUGGAGCCAUUGUAAAGCCAGUAACAUACACUGAAGACACAAUAAUGAUAAUGAGUCAUCGUUAGUACUAAACAACAUGACAAAACACGUCCUCAACAUAAUCAACAGCUGCUGAUGCUUUAAAAUGAGUUCUUAAAGGGACAGUACGCCCAAAAAUUAAAACUCUGUUGUUCCAAACCUGUAUGAAUCUCAAGUCGUUCCAAAAAAGUUCCAAGACUUUCUUUCUUCUGUUAAACAUAAAAGAAGAUAUUUUGAAGAACGUGAGUGAUCAGACAUUUGCCAGUCGCCAUUGACUUCCAUAGAAUGGGGGAAAAUAUUUUGGAAGUCAAUGGUGACUGGCAACUGUUUGGCAACCAACAUUCUUCAAAAUGUUUAAGAGGAGAAAGAAACUCUUGGAACCGGUUUGAAACAACAAAAUGAGGAAUUUGUAUUUUUAGGUGAACUAUCACUGAAUGAGUUCACUGGUGUGGAAUCUUUACUACAGAAUAAAAAAUAAAAAGGUAGCUGUGACUUUAUCUCAUAAUUCUGAUUUCUUCCCUCAGAAAUGUGAGAUAUAAAGUCAGAAUUGGAGCACAUAAACUUGAAAUUGAAACUUUUUGCCUUGGCAUUGAAGAAUAAAGAUAUUUGCUACUUUUUAUCUCACAAUUCUGACUUUAUUUGUUGCAGAUCUCAUGCAUUUACCUUUACCCAGAACUGCAAGAUAGAAACUAAGAAUCGUGAUAUUAAGGAUUGCAAUUUAUAAACUCACAUUUAUAAGGAAAAAGUCUAACUUGUUUUUGCCAUGGAAUUAGAAUAAAAAACAGAAUAUUUUUUUUUCCGAUUUAGAAGUGCCAUAUAUAACCUCAAAAUAGCGAGAUUAAAAAAAAAAAAAAAAAAUCAGAGGAAAAAGUUAAUUUGUUUUUGG